CCUGUCCCGCAGAGAAGGUCAGUCAGUGAAGGGGAAGCCGAGGGAGCGAGUGUUCCUGCUUCAACAGUGAUUGAACGGAACCUUCAUUCCCAGCCGCUUUUUCCACGGACACCAUCUUCGCAUAUUCUGCUAUACCCUAAGCUUUUUUUUCCCCCCUCUCCCCUUCUUCGCUAAUCGAAAUGAGCUCCCAGGUACGACAGAAUUAUCACCCUGACUGCGAGGCCGCCGUUAGUCGGCAGAUCAACCUGGAGCUGUACGCGUCCUACGUCUACCUCUCCAUGUCCUAUUACUUUGACCGUGAUGACAUUGCAUUGAAGAACUUCGCCAGUUUUUUUCUGGAGCAGUCUCAUGAGGAGCGUGAGCAUGCUGAAAAGUUGAUGAAGCUACAGAAUCAGCGAGGAGGCCGCACUUUACUCCAGGACAUCAAGAAACCAGAUCGUGAUGAAUGGGGAAGUGGCUUGGAUGCAAUGGUAUGCUCUUUGGAAUUGGAGAAGAGUGUGAAUCAGUCACUUUUGGAGUUGCAUAAACUGGCUACAGAUAGGAAUGACCCACAUCUUUGUGACUUUUUGGAGACCCACUACUUGGAUGAACAAGUUAAGUCCAUCAAGCUACUAGGAGACCAUGUAACCAACUUGCGACGAUUGGGUGCCCCUGAAAAUGGCAUGGCUGAAUACUUGUUCGAUAAGCACACCUUGGGUAAAGACAGCAGCUGAAUGCCUGAAUUGUUUCCAGUCCCUUGAUGCUCAUAGCACUGUCUGUAAACCUCAGUGCAUGUAUAAGCUUAUUUGUAGUCUGUCUAGUUUUCACACUAUUUAAUUAUGUAAUUGAUUAUAUCACCAUAAACUGAAGUGGAUUCUAUUAAGCUGUCUCCUGAUGGAUUUAUUGAAGUGUACUCGUUUUAAAAAAAAGUUUUGACUGACCAGAAUAAAGCAACUCAAAAGUG